AUGCGCCUCCCACCAGAGAUAACUGACAGAGUCAUCGACGAAAUCCGUUAUGAACAUCAUGCCCUCCUAUCAUGUUCCCUCGUCUCCAGAAACUUCCUCCUUCGAUCUCGACUCCAUUUCUUCCGCCACGUCACGCUCUCUACUCCUCAAUGA